AUGACAAACACUGGAACUCGAAUUGAGAGCUUCCAAAGACAAGCCAUUAUAACGCAAGAAAGUCAUUCAAACCAGAUAAUUCCCUAUGGCUAUGGAAGUAAUAAGUUAGAUGGUAGUGUUGCAUUUAGAGCAAACAGGCAACCAUCUGUUCAAUAUCAAAAAGUUGUCCUACAGAAAGUUCCUGAGAAGCAGCGAUUUCAGGAUCUUGAGCAUUCAUCGAUCAUGGGAAUCUGCCAACAAGAUGAAGCAGAAAACUUAGAAAAUGAUGAGCAUCGGCUGGAUGAUCUUUGGAAAGAAAUGUCAUUAGAUAUGGAGUGCUCAAAGAAUCCUAAUUAUGUUGAGCCAGCUGCUGUGCAAGAAGAAGAAGAAGAAUGCAAGCACCUCCCCGUACUUCAGGAUGAUCUAGGCAUUGUUUGUCGUAUCUGCGAAGUUAUUCAAAGAAGUAUCGACACAAUAUUUGAAUACCAAUGGGCAAAGGCCCCACGGGCAGCAAGGACGCUCAUGUCCAGAUCAAGAAACACCAAGGAUGAGGGCUUCAUGCAGGAAGAGGAAACUGAGGAGGAUCUGAUUGGUGUAAUAGAGGUAGAACUUGCAUCCAUUGAGACUUGUCUAAUGGAUACUGCUGCUCUUUUUGAGGCUCUAAUGUUGGUGGAUUUGAUGGAACGGCUUGGAAUCCAAAGAUACUUCGAACACCAAAUCCGACGUAUUUUACGCACAAGCUACAUGCAAUGGGAUGAUAAGUAUGGGUUGAAUGAUGCAAAAGCCACAGUAUUAGCCUUUCGCUUGCUAAGGCUUCAUGGCUACCCAGCCUCUGCAGGUGUUCUUAUGGCUUUAGAGGAUGGGAAAAAGAGCUUUUAUGAAUGUUUCUCCGUCGAUUCACCGACCAAUAUAUCAGCUAUGUUGAACCUGUAUAGAUGCUCUCAGACAGGCUUCCCGUCUGAAUCAAAAAUCAUGGGAGAAGCACAGGAAUUUGCAAGGUCCCAACUCCUUAACGUCUUGUCAGAGGGGAACCCAACUCUGUUGCAGCCCAACAACCUUGGGAUAGAGGUAAAUUUUGCAUUGGAAUUACCUCGCCGACACCUCAUGCCAAGAUUAGAGUCAAGAAGCAUUAUAAAACAAUUGUGGCCAGAAAAUGAGAGUACAAGAAAAUAUUUAAAACUUGCAAAGUUGGACUUGCAAAAGUUGCAAAAGCUAUAUCAACAAGAGCUGGAGGAAUUGGAGAGAUGGUGGCAGCAAUUUGGGUUUGAUGAAAUAAAACGUGGACGUAAGAGGCUUAUACAAAGUUACUUUAUAGUGGUACCAACUAUCUAUGAACCUCAAUUUUCAUCUUUUCGGCUAGCCUAUACCAAGUGUAUAGCUUUGAUCACCAUUCUUGAUGAUCUCUUUGAUGACAAAAGCUAUGACCUUCAAGAACUUCGGCGCUUCAACGAGGCUUUCAGGAGGUGGGACUCAUCUCUUAUCAAUGAUCUUCCUCAACACAAGCUAGCAUUCGAAGGCAUAGACGGUACCUAUCUAGAGCUGGCAGCAGAAGCCAACCGAGUUCAGGGUCGCGACAUCCUUCCCAUAUUCAGGCAUAUGGUAAGUAUGAAUUUUCUCAAUUAAUCAAUUUAGAUGCUGAAAGCUAAGUUCUAGCAGGAGGACAAUAACCCAAAGAUUAGACAUUCAGUCCUAAUGACAUUAGCCCAGGUCCAUCAAAGGCUUUGGCCGCACCUCUUUCCGACCUUUUUAAGAAG